AUGUGGUCAGAAAUUAUAGAAUAUUUGAAAGAUGCAUUUUUAGUUGCGAGAAUACAAAAAUGUUUCGGUGUUAAAAUACAUUAUGGACAAAAUUUGAAAGAACAUUGCGAAGACAAUUUGUGUACGGAUGUGCGCGAUACCAAAUCUCAAAAUAUCGAAUACAGUUCGAAUAGUUGUCUAUUAAAAUCUGAAGAAUCAAAGGGAAAUAGUUAUGUUAAAUCGGAAAAGAAAUUUAUCGGUGUGGCAGAAACGAAUGCGUGUAUGUUAAAUGAGAAACAACAUUCACCGACCGUCAUUAUUUCGAAUUAUACCAUAACAAAUUACUUUUGGUAUUACUUAUUUUUAUUUGGGACUGAACUAGGAGAUGAAAUAUUUUAUUGUACAUUUAUACCUUUCUGGCUUUGGAAUAUUGAUGGUGUUGUAGGUAGAAGAGUUGUUUUAGUAUGGGCUAUUAUUAUGACAACAGGUCAAAUAUUGAAAGAUGUUAUAUGCUGGCCAAGACCAGCAUGUCCACCAGCAGUUCGAUUGCAAAUGAAAUGGUCGGAAGAAUACGGAAUGCCAUCUACUCAUGCUAUGAUUGGUAUAUCAAUUCCAUUCAGUGUAGUAUUAUUUACAAUGAAUAGAUAUAUUUAUCCUGUUUCUAUUGGCUGGACAAUUGCUAUUAUGUGGUGCACACUUGUGUGUAUGAGUAGACUUUACUUGGGUAUGCACACAGUGUUGGACAUCCUAGCAGGCUUAAUACUAGCCAUUUUACUAUUGAUUCCAUUAAUACCUUUAGUGGAUAUCACAGAUUAUUAUAUCCUUUCAAAUAUCUGGGCUUUAACAAUUUUAAUUGCCAUUAGUAUAGGUGUCAUAGUUUAUUAUCCCUGUGGUAAAAAAUGGACACCAACCAGGGGUGACACUACCAUGGUGGUAUCUGUUACCACUGGGGUUCAUUUAGGAGCAUGGCUUAAUUACAAUACUGGAGUUAUGUUAGCUCCUACAAAGUCACCACCAUAUCACAUCAUUUGGCCAUCUUAUUCUAUGCUUAGUUGCCUGAUACUUAGAACAUUAUUUGGAUUUUGCAGCAUUCUUGCAACAAGAGUUAUUUGCAAAUUCCUUAGUUAUCAAACAAUGUGUGCCAUAUUGAAGAUUAAUUCCAAGGUCCUUAUGAAAAGUCAAAAUUAUUCAGAAAAUAAAGAUAAGGUUCUUGUUGAUCUAGUCCACAAGUAUAUAACUUGUUUUAUGAUAGGUGUAAAUACAGUAUAUUUCUUGCCAAAAGUGUUUACUAUAUUUGGAAUUAAUCGACCGACAUUUUACACGGAAAUAUAGAACAUUCUUUGUUUUAUUGAAAGGGCACACUUCUUAACCUUAUGCAUUUAAUUUUGGUGAGUGUGUCAAA